AUGUGGGGCAAGGCAGGGAAGGUGGAUGUAGUCGACAUUGAUAUGGACUAUUUUUUGGUUGAGUUCCAGAGCAAGGAAGACUACGAGCUGGCAUUAACUGGUGGUCCGUGGAUCGUGAUGGACUCAUACCUAGUGGUCAUGCGAUGGAAACCUGCUUUUAAUCCGCUGUCUGAAGUGAUCGACAAGGUUGCAGUAUGGGUAAGAUUGCCAGUUAUUUCUAUAGACCUAUAUGAUAAGAAAAUUCUUUAUGCUAUUGGUAGCGAGAUUGGGAGAGUUAUAAAGGUUGAUGGACCGACGGCAAGGAGGAAGAGAGGCCGCUUUGCGCGUGUCUGUGUUGAGGUGGAUUUAAAGAAACCGCUUCUGCCUCAUUAUGCUAUUGAUGGGAGGUGCUAUCCAAUUGAGUACGAAAGCAUGAACCUACUGUGCUUAGCGUGUGGAACGUAUGGGCAUGUGAGGGAGGACUGCAAGAAGGAGGUGGAACAGGGGCAGGAAAAGGAGACAAGUAGUGAAGUAGGAGGGGAUACUAUGAUGAGAAAUGGGAACAGUGUGGCUAAGGAGUCAGAGGAUAAUAACGGAGGGGGACUUUGGAGAGUGGUACAGAGGAAUAGGCGAGGUAGGAGGCCUAGGAGUAUGACAGAUACGGUUGGCGCUCCAUCACGUUUUGAAAUUCUACGACAAAACGGGGUGGAGGUAGAACAGAGGGAGAGGGAGAUGCAGAAUGUGAGGGGUGGAAGUAAUACAGGUACUGGAGGCAUGGAGGAAGGUAGAAGGACUGAAAAAAGAACGAUAGGGAAGAAGGCUUUGAAGGAUAUUACUAGCGAGCGCAUGGUGAGGGCUGAAGCAAGUUCUUACGGGAAGAGCAAAACAGAGUUUAGGAAGGUAAACAAAAUGCAAGAUAGGAGCGAAGGAGGGGAUUUCUUUGCGGCUCAGAGAAGAGUAGGUGAGGAGAUGAGACUUCAGAAAGAUUGCAUGGAGACUGACGAAGUGGUGGAGGUACAUAAAGAAUGGGGAGUGGAAGAGGAGAACGCAGGGGGUCAGAUUGUGCUUUCUAGAGGGCGCAAUGGGUGUGAGGGACUGAUGAAUCAAUUUGACCCUGAUGGGGAUGGAGAGCAGAGGAGGAACUGGAGGGAUAUAGUAGAAAAUGAGAUGCAAUCAGUAAAUGACAUGGGAGUACGACUGGAUGGCCAGGGAGGCAUAGUGGGGAAGGACCUGGCUGCUAGUUAUUAA